GAGGGUCCUGCCUGCUCCUGCUGCUGGUCAUGUCAAAUCUGCUCCUGUGCCAAGGCAACGUAUGCCCGUCCUGCAGUCCUGACACCCCCCUGAGAUCCCUUAAGGACCUGCUUAUUGAUGCUGCCUGGCUGACCCACGACUUCCAUAACCUUUCCACAAUAAUGUUCAAAGAGUUUGAUGAAAAAUAUGCCCAGGGCAAACAGUACUAUAUCAAUGCCAACAACAGCUGCCACACCGACCCCCUCCAUGCUCCUGAAGAAAGAGAAACAGCCCAACAUCUGAACAAUGAAGACCUUAGUCAGUUGAUACUCACCUUACUGUACAGCUGGAAUAAACCUCUGCAUCAUCUAGUCAACGAGCUGCAGAGUUUGAAAGAAGUCUCACAGGCUAUCCUAUCAAGUGCCAUAGAGAAUGAGAAAAUGUCAGAAAAACUUCAAGGAUUCAUAGCGAGUCAAUUCAGACAGAUUAUUGUUCCUGUCUAUCAGAAGAUAAACAAGACUCACAUUAUCUGGUCAGGACUCUCAUCCCUGAAGUCCCGCAAUGAAGAGAGGCGUCUUUCUGAAUUUUAUAAACUGUUCAAAUGCCUGAGCAGGGAUUCACGUAAAGUUGACAUUUACACCAAGAUCCUGGCGUGCCGAAUCCUCAAAACGUGCUAAAUCUGCA